CUUAAUUUGAGGGCAACAGUUAGGUGUCUGUUUCUUUCCCUUCUUCUUUCUCCCUUCUCAUCAAACACAAAAAACACAUGAACGGAGAACUAACUGAGCUACAAUUCCUUUGCAUUCUCAAUUCGAUAGCAAUGGGGAUAACUUUGCUUUUUGGGUGUCUCUAGACAAAUGUCGAUCUGCUGAAGGUAUUAAUGUGAGAUGGGUUGGUGGCAAAGUGGGUGAAUCUUUCUUUCUUUUUAUCCUCUUAGCUGCCGUUAUAAAGUGAGGAUCUGCAUCUAGCCGAGUCCAGUAGCAGGAAUUUGGAGUGAAGAUUGACGUCUUAUAACGAUGGAUCUUCAUGAUGGAAAGUGUUGGAGCACUUCAAAGAAGGAUCAUUGGAAGACCACUUUGCUCUUAGCUUAUCAAAGUCUCGGUGUGGUAUAUGGGGACCUCAGCAUUUCCCCACUCUAUGUUUACAAGAGCACAUUUGCAGAAGACAUUCAUCACUCAGACACGAAUGAGGAGAUUUUUGGUGUUCUCUCUUUUGUCUUCUGGACUCUAACUUUAGUUCCUCUCUUCAAAUACGUCUUCAUUGUCCUUAGAGCUGAUGAUAAUGGAGAAGGUGGUACUUUUGCCCUGUAUUCCUUGAUAUGCAGGCAUGCUAAAGUGAGCCUUCUGCCCAACCGUCAAAUUGCUGAUGAAGCACUCUCUACAUAUAAACUGGAGCACCCUCCAGAGAAAGAGAAUAGCUCAAGGGUGAAAUUGUUGCUUGAGAAGCACAAAUCCUUGCACACUGCUUUGCUGAUCUUGGUUCUUCUGGGUACUUGCAUGGUAAUUGGGGAUGGACUGCUCACUCCAGCUAUAUCUGGCUCAGAAGCAAUGUUUGCAGAUCUUGGACACUUUUCUUAUACUGCAAUUCAGAUUGCUUUCACCUUCCUGGUUUAUCCAGCACUAAUAUUGGCAUAUAUGGGUCAAGCAGCUUACUUAUCAAAGCAUCAUGACACCAGUUACGAUAUUGGUUUUUAUGUCUCAGUGCCAGAGUAUGUUAGGUGGCCAGUGCUUGCAGUAGCCAUCCUUGCUUCUGUUGUGGGAAGUCAAGCAAUCAUCAGUGGGACAUUCUCUAUCAUCAACCAGAGUCAAUCACUUGGUUGCUUUCCGAGAGUGAAGGUUGUUCACACCUCUGAUAAGAUACAUGGCCAGAUCUAUAUCCCAGAGAUCAACUGGAUGCUCAUGAUCCUCUGCAUUGCUGUGACUAUUGGAUUCAGAGACAUAAAACACAUGGGAAAUGCUUCAGGAUUGGCGGUGAUGGCGGUAAUGCUAGUGACCACUUGUCUCACGUCCUUGGUCAUUAUCCUCUGCUGGCAUAAACCUCCUAUUUUAGCUCUUUCCUUCCUACUUCUAUUUGGAUCUAUUGAAUUGCUUUACUUUUCAGCUUCCCUGAUCAAGUUCCGUGAAGGCGCCUGGCUUCCCAUCCUCCUUGCACUUUUCCUUGUUACUGUCAUGUUUGUUUGGCACUAUGCCACCAUUAAAAAGUAUGAAUAUGACCUCCACAACAAAGUUUCGUUGGAAUGGCUAUUAGCCUUGGGUCCAAGCUUGGGUAUUGCACGAGUACCUGGAAUUGGCCUAGUGUUUACUGAUCUAACCUCUGGCAUUCCUGCAAACUUCUCACGUUUUGUCACCAACCUCCCUGCCUUCCACCGUGUGCUUGUUUUUGUAUGUGUGAAGUCGGUACCAGUCCCUUUUGUGCCUCCAGCUGAGCGGUACCUUGUAGGCCGUGUGGGUCCUGCAGCUCAUCGGUCGUACAGGUGCAUUGUUCGUUAUGGAUAUCGCGAUGUUCACCAGGAUGUCGAUUCUUUUGAAUCUGAGCUUGUUAAUAGGUUGGCUGAUUUUAUCCAUUAUGAAUGGGGCCGGACACAUGGGAUUGCAAAUACAUGUAAUGAAAAUGAUGAGUUUCAUUCUGUUGGAUCAUCAUCAAGUGAGUGCAGAUUGGCAGUGAUAGGAACUGUAGGAUUUGCUGCCAGACCCGCGUUUGAGAUUGAGGAAACCAUUCAACCAGAAAGUGUAUCUGUUGGGUUCCCAACAGUUGAGAGUGCGAGGGAUGUAAUUGAGAUGGGACCCCUCAACGUUGUGGAAAAAAGAGUGAGGUUUGCUGUUGACAAUGAGUCUGAACCUGAUUCUCAGUGUGACAUUGAUAUACAAUUGAGGGAAGAGCUAGAAGAUCUAUAUGGGGCUCAACAAGCAGGGACUGCAUUCAUACUUGGGCAUUCGCACGUUAAAGCAAAACGAGGAUCAUCUUUCUUGAAGAGGUUGGCAAUCAACUUUGGUUAUAAUUUCCUGAGGAGAAAUUGCAGGGGUCCUGAUGUAGCACUCAAGGUGCCUCCAGCUUCUCUCCUCGAGGUUGGCUUGGUGUAUGUUGUGUAA